AUGGCGGACGAAACGACGGCACUAUGGAUGCAGGCGUUUUCGUGGCUCGGUUUGGGCUACGUCAUCUACCGCGCCCUCUUCGUCGAUAAUGGACCCACCUUCGAGGACGACCCAUCACCGGCCCGGAAUCACCUCCUCAGGCUGACUACGGCGGCAUUCUACGUGCCCUUCGUCAUCGUCUCCGCCGUCUACGUGCCCAAUGUGAUUCACAUCUUCAUGACCAUCAUGGUCACCAAGGGCUUGGGCGAGUUUAUCGAGUGCCUCAUCCCCGCCAGGGCGAGCAAGGAGGAGGGCGCCAAGAAGAAGUACAAGUUCUCGCGCAUGGACAGACUCGUGCAGCUCCUCGGCGGUCUGCAGGUGGUGCUGUGCCACUUCCUGUCCGAGCUGGGGCUGAGCCUCGGCCUGGCGCUGGCCUUCGUGAUCAUCCUCUGCUUCUUCCUCUUCAAGACGGUGCAGGAGGGCCACAACCCGCUCCCGCCCAACACCGUGCGCAACCUCGCCUUCUACCUCUUCGGCUGGGUGUGGAUCGCCUGGACCAUUUCCCACUGCCCCGCCAUUUACCACACCAGCCCCUAUGGCGGUAGCAUACUGGUGAUGUUGUUGCUGACCGGGUGGAUCGGCGAUGGCGCCGCCUACUACGUGGGUAAGAACUUUGGCCGGCACAAGGCCAUGCCCAACGUCUCCCCGAACAAGUCCUGGGAGGGAAUCAUUGCCGAGAUCGUCUUCGCCGUUUUGCUGUGCUACGGAUUCAAGCAGAUGCAGCUCUCUGGCGUCACCGACAAGCACGCUCUCCUCGCUACAAAGCCAAUUGCGCUGACCAGCUCAGCCCGGCUGCCGCCCUACGACACGAUCCACUACAUCGGCCUCGCGCUGCUGACCAGCUGCCUGGGCAUCUUCGGCGAUGCGAUCGAGUCCCUCAUCAAGCGCAUGGGCAACAUCAAGGACUCGGGCGUCUUCUUCCCCGGCCACGGCGGCAUUCUCGACCGCUUCGACGCCUUCUUCGUGAGCGGCCCCUUCAUCUACCACUACCUCAUCCACGUCGUGGGCGCUGGCCACUUGUAG